AUGGAUUGGAUACUGGAACUACCCGACGAUUUACAAAACAAAAUCACUUCCAUCACACGACAAAACCCCCAAUCGCAACUGGUUUUCACUGAGUUGUACACUUUUCUCACUGAUACCAAGAGGAGGAAAACUGGUGCAACUGGUGCUGCUGGUGCUGCUGGUGCUGCUGGUGCUGCUGGUGCUGCUGGUGCUGUUGGUACUGCUGAAAAUAGCAAUGGGAAUGGUGGAUACGAGGAAUUGGCUCCGUCAUCAUCGAUUCAUCCUGAAUCAAUCAUUUUUGAAAUACAACAAGUGUCAUUCUCCUCCCCCAUACGUAAACGAAUGAAUCUCACUUUUCAUUUGAUUGAACAAAAUGGUCAAGCAUUGCCGGUAUUGUCCAUAGUUAACCCAACCAACAAUUCACCAGAGAUAUCAUUUAUUAAUCUCAAACACGCUAUCAAAUUGUGUCUCAUUUUACCAAUCUUGGGUAACACAACAAACUCAAAAAAGAAAGGUGUUGCUUUACUAUGUUUUUGGAUUCAUGAUCAGUAUUAUACCGAUUCCAACGUAUCCAAAGAUCCAAUCAUUUGCCAAUUGAACUUGGAUAUGAUCAAGAAACAAAUGAUCAAAAAUGGGAAAUUACCACCCGAUAUUGAAUCACAAUUUGAUUUAUCGACACACAAAAAUGACGUAGCUUUGAAUCCUAUACAAGAACGGAUUAUUGAUUAUUUCAAACGACAAUUUCAAUUAAUUGGAAUCAAUUUGGUCAACUAUUUACCGUGCUCAACUGUAUUUAAGAGCAAAUACAUUGUUAAUGAAGAUACUGCCGUGGCUUUAACCAAUGAUAACAAUAUCAACCCCAAAAUCAUCAUGGUUGAAUGUCACAAGGGAGCAAGAGAUGGAAAUUUGAUCUUUUUGGAACAAAAUGAACAUAACCCCGCUUACUUGAUCUUUGCCUUUAAAAAGCCAAUAUUGGUGUUUAGAUUGUCAAAAGUGUUGCGUGCUAGCUACACAAGUAUCACCAAGCACACUUUUACUUUAAACGUUGUUGUUCUCAAUGAUAGAGACGAGGAAAGACUCUUGGAAUUUAGUAUGAUUGAUCAAGCUUAUUUCCAAAUCAUUGAUAAUUUCAUAAGACUUCAUGGAAUUAGUGACGACUCGUUUAAUGAUGACAACCGAGAGAAAGAAGCCGGCAAAUCAGGUGCGGCGGAGAAUGGUGCUGGUGACACAAAUGCAAGUGGUGGUCCAGCUGGUGGUGCUGGCAAUAAUGUUGAUGAUGAUGAUGAUGACGAUGAAGAUGCUGAUUUUGAAGGUAAUGAAGAAAAUAGUGAUGUUGCUGAAGAGUACGAUAGUGCAGCAGAAAGUGCAGGCGAAGAUGCAUCAGAACCCGAGGGUGACGGUGGCGGUGAUGAUGUAUUCACGCAAUCCAAAGAGGAAUAA